AUGAAGCCAGAUAGUAGACAAUUGGAUUUGGAGCUUAUUGAGGACUUGUUUGAGUGUCAUGAUGUGGAGCUCAUCAAGCAGGUGCCUUUGAGUGUUAAUCUUGAGAGUGAUAGUUGGUUUUGGAAUAAGGAUCCGACUGGUUUUUUCACUAUUAAAAGCGCCUAUUCUCACUUGCAGUCGGUCAAUGGUAGUUGGAAUUCAUCCAUGGAGGAGGAUGUUUGGAAGAUGUUGUGGAAGAUUAAAGCCCCUCCUAAGAUUUUACAUUUUGUUUGGAAAGCUCUUUCGGGUUGUUUGCCUACACGUACUCAGUUUCAUAGUAAACAUGUUCCUGUGGAUUUACAUUGUGUGUUUUGCAAUUUUACGGAAGAGUCUAUUUUUCAUGUUUUAGUUCAAUGCUCUUUUGCGCAUUCUUGUUGGCUCCGAUCAGCGUUAGGUGUUUGGCAUUCUGUAGCUACCAAUUUUUUUGACUAG